ACAUGGAAAUUGUCAAACACACUCGACGCAAGAGAAAAACAAAAAAUACGGAAGAAGAGCAAAUUCUUUGAAUUCAGGGAUGGAAUUUUAUAUUGAAAGGGAUGUAAUAGGAGCCAAUUACUACAAGUU